GUGCGCACAUGUCGAGCGAAUGGAAAGUAGCAUCUGUUGUGUUAAAACGUGGUUGUUUACAUUUGAAAGAUUUUUAUUUUUAUUUACUUGCGCAUUCAAAUUGAGUGGUACAUAACUUAUGGAGACUAAAGGUGAAAAUACUUCGAAAGUAGUUUUCCAAGAACGUAGUGCAGAAAUUGUGUCAAGUGGACACGUCUUUUAUAAUCCAGUACAAGAAUUCAACAGAGACCUAAGCGUAACAGUUUUAAAUGUAUUUUUUAAAUUAUUGUCAAAAGAACGCCAAAAACAAAAGCAGAAGACAAAUAACGAGAACGUCACAGAUAUCAACGCAGACUUCAAGUAUGUGCCCGGAGAGCGGUAUGAAGACGGUAUGCGCAUUUUGGAGGCACUUUCUGCCACUGGACUGCGCAGUAUACGUUAUGCAAAGGAGAUAGCUGGGGUACGUGAAAUCCUAGCAAACGACCUAUCUAAACAAGCAGUCGAAUCUAUCAAAGCAAAUGUGCGGCAUAAUGGCGUCGAGCAUUUAGUGUAUCCCAACCACAGUGAUGCAAUGACAUAUAUGUAUCUAUCAACAUCGCCGGAAAAACGGUUUGACGUUAUUGAUUUAGACCCCUACGGAUGUCCGAAUCGUUUCUUAGAUGGAGCUAUUCAAUCAAUAGCUGAAGGUGGACUUCUGCUAGUUACUGCCACAGAUAUGGCCGUAUUAGCGGGCAAUGCGCCAGAAGCCUGCUUUGUGAAGUACGGCUCAGCAGCUCUACGCAUGAAAUCUUGCCAUGAAAUGGCUUUGCGCAUUCUUUUAUACAGCAUAGAAUCGCAUGCGAACCGCUAUGGCAAAUAUAUUGAGCCAUUGCUAAGUGUAUCAGUUGACUUUUAUAUACGUAUUUUUGUUAGAGUCUAUACAAACCAAUACAAAUGUAAAUUUAGCAUGAGCAAACACUCUUUUAUUUUUCAAUGCACUGGUUGCCACACUUUCUCAUUGCAUCCGUUAGGUCAAACGAAACCAAACCCAAGCAAAAGUAAUCCCAAUCAAGUGAAAUUCGGCAUACCGACGGGACCGCCUGUAAAUACAAACUGCGAACACUGCGCUUAUAGGCAUCAUAUUGGAGGUCCGAUUUGGUCAGCUCCCAUACAUAACAUGGAAUUUGUGGAAGAGUUAUUAGACGAAAUUCAAGAAGCACCACUCAGAGAUUUAGGUACGGCAAGACGUUUAAAUGGUGUAUUGUCUGUUAUACUGGAAGAACUACCAGAUGUACCUCUAUAUUACACUUUGGACCAAUUAUGCAGUGUGUUGAAAUUACAAAUUAUGCCUAUUUUAAAAUUUCGAUCGGCUUUACUUUUUGCGGGAUAUCGCGUUUCUUUUUCGCAUGCAUUCAAGAAUUCUAUUAAAACAGAUGCCCCUCCUAAAGUGCUGUGGGAUAUAUUACGUUGCUGGCAACAACAGAAUCCAGUUAAGGAUUCCCAUAUAACUGAUGGCACUCCAGUUAAGGCGAUUUUAGAAAAAUCUUGCGAAGAAACAUUUAAUUUUAAUGAACUACAUCCAUCUGCGAACCCCUGUAGCAGGAGAACGGGAUUAUCAAGAUUUCAAGCGAAUCCAACAUCGCACUGGGGACCCGGUACACGGGCCACCGUUAUGAUUGGUGAUAAAAAAUUGCCAAAAAGCCAACGAAACCAAAACAAAAAGCAACGACAGAAUAUGAAUUUUGCGGAAGAAGCAAACAACGAGGACAAUUUAAAUGAAGAUGAAAUCCAAUGUAAAUUAAUAAAACUACAGGAAUGAAAUAUUAUGAGAAAUUAUUCCCGCGAGAGACCUAAUUACUAUUUUAUUCACUUCCCUAUAUGUGUAUUA